AUGUCGGCAGCCCUGGAGUCGGCGCAGCUAGUGGCAAAGGAGGCUCUGGAGUCGAAGGAGGCGAUCCAGGUGGCCUUUGAGGAGUCGGAGCAGGUCAGGGCUUCGAAGAUUGACGCUGUAGUCCAUGAGCCAAUCUGGGGGUACCGUUAG